CAUUUCAUGUGCUUGAGCAGUAUCCACACCCCUCUCAUAGCAACAGCACAGCCUCCCCCCCUCCGCCCCUUGCAGUGGAUUUUUCUUCCCCUGGAUCUUCGCCUCGCACCAUGCAGACGGUCCCUUGGCCCUGCCUGACGGUUUCAGUGUUCCCCCCUCCCCCACCAGCCGUGCUCCUGUUUCACUCAAAGAUGGCGUAGGCUCUAGAACCCCUGGUCUGUGGCUGCAUUUUUAAGGCUUGUUGUUGUCUCCCUUUCGCACGGUUUUUUGGCACCUUCUCCUCGGCGGCUUCGACACGAGAAUCCGGAUUCCUCAUCUACCAAAGUGGUAAAGGCGUGAUCAGCACUGGCUGCUCUCUGGGGUGAGCUGUUUGUUCCGUCCCGAAAGCUGAAAAGCCAAGACGACUGGAGGAGUAAAGGACAGAGAGAGAGAGAGAGAGAGAGAGAGAGGAAGAAGAAGUGAAGAUGAGAAAAACGUGGAGACAGGAAAAAAAGUCUUGUGGAUUACUGUAAUUUAUUGACCACACGUAAACUGUUUUGCCCUCAUCUUUAUUUUUGAAGCACUAAUUUCAUAUCUUGGAGACAUGAUCAUCUUCCAGAACUCACAUUGAGCCUCAGCUAGUUCGUCAGUGACAUUUUGUAAUCGAGCAUUCAAAGUUUUUUGUCAUUAGCCGAGUGAGGAACACCUUCUUUUUGAAGUUCUUCUCAUCAGGAUAUACUGUACCCUACCUUGUGUACUGUGGGAGUUUAACUUGCUCAUACACCUGCUUCUUCCUCCAACCCCCUGCUUCUUGCCAGGGACCUUCACCUGGCUGGGAGUGGGUGGUGGGUAGACCCCAUUUUACUGGGUGGAGGGUUGAUUUGGGUUUGUGCUAUGGUCAGCUGCUCAUUACCGUGCUGCUCACACUCAGCUUCUGAGGGACUCUCUGUACGACCCCAGGACAAAGGAUAGUCAGCAGGCAGAGGGCGAAGAGCAAGAGGAGGCGGCGCUACGGCGCAGGCCAGGUGUUUCCUUGGCUAACAGUCCCUAAUUUCUGUGUGUGGUUGUUGUGGUGAGGCCCCCGGGCCCCCACACACACUCACACCACAGCCAUGGUGAAACUGGCAAACCCAAUGUAUACGCAAUGGAUCUUAGAGGCCAUUAAAAAGGUGAAGAAACAGAAGCAGCGACCAUCCGAAGAACGCAUCUGCAAUGCUGUCUCCAUGUCCCAUGGCCUGGACCGCAAAACGGUUCUGGAGCAGUUAGAGCUUAGCGUAAAGGAUGGCACCAUCCUUAAAGUUACCAACAAAGGUCUCAACUCCUACAAGGACCCAGACAAUCCUGGGCGCUUGGCUCUGCCCAAGCCCAAAAGUAGUGGCAGCUCUGGAGGAGGUGGUGGCGGAGGAAGCAGUGGAGGAGGCGGUGGCGGUGGCGGUGGCGGAGGUGGAGGUAGCAGCAGUGGGGGUGGAAGCUCUCAUUCUCAUUCCCAUUCCCAUUCCCAUUCCCAUUCAGGGAAGAAACCAGGACUGGACUGGAACAAGCUGAUCAAACGGGCCCUGGAGGGACUUCAUGAGCCCGGUGGUUCUAGCUUAAAAAACAUAGAGCGCUUUCUCAAAUGCCAGGCUGAUGUGGCAGCCUACUUAUCGGGCAGUGGCUCCAUGGGGCCUGGCCUCUUCCACCAGCAGCUGAGGGUGGCCCUGAAGAGGGCUGUUGCUCAUGGACGCGUAGUCAAGCAGGGCCCACUGUUCCAGCUCGUCAGCCGCAGCAGCUCCCUGGAUGACGGGACUGGGACGGUGUCUCUCGAAUCGCUGCCACCGGUUCGGUUGUUGCCCCAUGAGAAAGAUAAGCCGGUGGCAGAGCCAAUCCCCAUCUGCAGCUUCUGUUUGGGCACCAAGGAGCAGAACCGCGAUAAGAGGCCAGAGGAGCUCAUCUCCUGUGCUGACUGUGGAAACAGCGGCCACCCGUCCUGUCUCAAGUUCUCCCCGGAGCUCACAGCGCGAGUCAAGGCACUGUGGUGGCAGUGCAUCGAAUGCAAGACUUGCAGCAGUUGUCAGGAUCAAGGAAAGAAUGCGGACAACAUGCUGUUCUGUGACUCCUGCGAUCGGGGCUUCCACAUGGAGUGCUGUGAUCCUCCCCUCACACGGAUGCCAAAAGGCAUGUGGAUUUGUCAAAUCUGCCAACCCAGGAAAAAGGGAAAGAAGCUUUUACACGAAAAGGCAGCACAAAUCAAACGGCGCUACAACGCACCGCUGGGGCGGCCCAAGAACAGGCCGGGGCGGCCCUUCAAAAAGCUGGGCGGCCGAGGUCGGCGGAAGCGCUCAGCGUCGGCCAACUCGUCCUCCAGCUCAUCAUGCGAAGGUUACCCGGGGGACGACAGGCUGCUGUUUUCACUGCGGGACGACGACGACCUGUCGCAGAGCGGCCUGCGCUUCAACAACAAGACCAAGGGCCUCAUCGACGCGCUCACAAAGUUCUUCACGCCGUCGCCUGAGGGCCGAAAGGCUCGACAGGAAGUGGUGGACUACUCACAGCAGUGUCGCAUCCGAAAGAAAUCCAGUCGUAAAGGAGAUGGAGAUGACAGAGGGGACAAUCAAGACGGCAGUGACUGGCGUGACGAGGACGAAAAACUGCCGGGACACGAAAACUUGACGGAAAAAGACAUCGAACUGUUCAGACAUAUCCAGGAGCUGGCACUACAGAAAGUAGGAGUGACGGGUCCACCAGACCCUCAGAUGCGCUGCCCGUCAGUCAUAGAGUUCGGCAAGUUUGAAAUCCAGACGUGGUAUUCCUCUCCCUACCCUCAGGAGUACAGCAGAUUACCCAAGCUCUACUUGUGUGAGUUUUGCCUGCGCUACAUGAAGAGCCGCAGCAUCCUCUACCAGCACAUGAAGAAGUGCAGCUGGUUCCAUCCUCCUGCUAACGAGAUCUACAGGAAGGACGAAGUCUCUGUGUUUGAGGUCGAUGGGAAUGUGAGCACAAUCUACUGUCAGAACCUGUGUCUGCUGGCCAAGCUGUUCCUGGACCACAAGACCCUCUACUACGACGUGGAGCCCUUCCUUUUCUACGUCCUGACACAGAACGACAGCAAAGGCUGCCACCUUGUAGGCUACUUCUCCAAGGAGAAACACUGUCAACAGAAGUACAACGUGUCAUGCAUCAUGAUUCUUCCACAGUACCAGCGCCAGGGCUACGGACGCUUUCUCAUUGACUUCAGUUACUUGUUGUCUAAGCGGGAGGGCCAGCCCGGAUCUCCAGAGAAGCCUCUCUCUGACCUCGGGCGGCUCUCAUACAUGGCCUACUGGCGCAGUGUGGUGCUGGAGUGUCUCCACGAGGUCCGGGACCGACAGAUCACCAUACGACAACUCAGCAAACUGACUGGGAUCUGCCCGCAGGACAUCACCAGCACCCUGCACAGCCUCACCAUGCUGGAGCCUCGAGGAGAAAGAUUGGUCCUGUUGCGCAGGGAGAAGCUUGUGUCAAACCACAUGUCUCGCCUCAAAGCCCGGCCGAGGCGGCUGGAGGUCGACCCCGAGUGUCUCCGUUGGACCCCCGUCAUUGUAACCAACACUGUGGUCUCUGAUGCGGAAGGAGAAGAUGACGAUGAGGAGGAGGAUGAAGAACCAGAAGACGACAAACGCAAAGAGAUCAAACCAAGUCACAAGGUCCCUCCAAUAUCCUGGCACAUGCGCCAAGGGAAGAAGAGAGAGGAGGAGGAAGAAGAAGAAGAAGAGGAGGAAGAUGAAGAAGUGGAGAGAAAGGGCUUUCUGGGGUUUCCGAUUAGCCAAAGCUCUCCGACCUCCCCACCUGCACGCUGUCCUCCCCCUCUCCCAGAACCACCACGACCCCCUCCACCCACAAACGGUGAACGCAGACCACGGGGGCGCCCGCCAAAAAACUGGCCUUGGGGAAAGGUGAAAGACAGCGCAAGGGUAGGACCGCAGCCUAAGAUCCGCCCAGCAGAGGAUGAGGAUGAUGAAGAUGAGGAGAGAACAGAAGGAGGAAAAACAACAGGCUCUGCGAGCAGCCCCCCUUCCCUUUUCUCCCUGGACAGACAAGCCGAGUCCACAACCUUUCACUCACUCGACAUGGCCCGGCACCCCUCCAUAACCCCCACACGACGAGGCCGGCCGCCCAGGAAAAAGAGGGGCCCCAAGCCUAGACCUACAGAGGGAUCUGGAGAGGGACUGACCCAGCUGCCUGUGGUGUCCAGGUUGAACGAGUCUCCGCCCAUCAGGAAGAGCUGCUUUAGUGAAAGCAGUGAAGAGGAGGAGGAGGACGAUGAUGAAGAGGAUGAGGAGAGAAGAGCAUGCUCUCCUCCUAUUCUCACCAAGCCUGCGAUGGGGCUCAAAUGCAAGAAGCCACUGAGAAAGCGUCGCUUUCGUCAGCGCAGCCACCCUCACAGCAGUGUGGUGACAGAGACCAUUUCUGAGACCACCGAGGUGCUGGAUGAGUCCUUCGUGGACUCGGACUCAGAGAGACCCAUGCCGAGGCUAGAGGAGGAGACUCCCAUGGGACACCCGAUGCACCGUUACCCUCCAGCUCGCUCCACCCUGAGGUUAUCUGACCCAGCACCCAAAAGAGGCCGGCACUCCAACCUCACAGAUUCAGAGGAAGACGAGUUUACACCUGUGCUGAAGCCUGUGGCGGCAUUGACAGCUACGCCAUCAGAGACUCUAACAGCCAACCCUGAGGUCCCAGUCAAGAAGAAGAAAGGCUGGCCUAAGGGAAAGAGCCGCAAACCCCUGCAUUGGAAGAAACGGGGACCUGGAAAACCACCUGGUGCAGACAGCCAGGCUCAAAGUGGGGAUCCUCCACCGCCCAAAAUCAAGAUGAAACCUGGCCGCAAGCCCCGGAGCUGGUACCUGCAGCGGGCGCAGGAGGAGGCAGAGAGGCAGGAGCAGGAAAGACAAAGACUGUCGGAGCAGCAGCGCGACAAAGAUCCCAAGCUGCUUCAGACAGACGAUCGCAACAAGCGAGUCUGCAGAACCAACACCGACAGAGACAACAAACAGAAAGACUCCGACGAGGAGGACGACUAUCUCCCUAAACCUGCUGAGCAGAAAGUACCGAGGAGGCGAGGGAGACCGCCCAAGAACCGCGCUGCCCUCCAACCCCCACAGCCUGCCCCCAAACCACCUCCCACCUCUGAGCCAGAUGAGGAAGAGGAUGAGGAGGAAGAUAAUCAAGGAGCGUGGGAGGAAGAAAAACCCAGCCGUCCACCAUCUCGUACCCUGCUCUCCCCUUCGUCGUCUUCCUCCACCUCAGGGCCCCGGGCCCCACAGUCCCGGCCUCAGGACACAGAUAUGGGUGACAGAGAAGAGGAUGAUGAUGAUGAUGAGGAGAGGGAGGAGGAGGAUCGUGGCAGCACAGGAAGCGGAGGCGGCAGUAUUAACAGGCGACCGGCAGUCACACCAGGUUCAGGAAGCAGGCGCAGUGAAGACCAUGAUGCAGAUGACGAAGGUGACGGACACUUGGAGGAUAAGAGCAACAGCAGCAACAACAGUAAAAAGAGAAAAAGUCAGGACUCUGAGGAGGAAGACGAUGAUGAAGAUGAAGAGGAGGAGCAGGCCUCCCGUGCAAGUUCUCCUCCGGUCAAAGAAGAACCUCAAGGUGGAGAGGCUUUUUUAGACAUGGAGAACAGCGUGGCCCGGGACUAUGUCAGCAAGCAGGAGGAGGAAGAAGAGGAGGAGGAGGAGGCUGAGCAGGAGGUGCAGGAAGCCAAGUGCCGGCCCUCCUCUGCUGACCCACAACAGGAGGAGAGGAGGCGCAGAGAGCAGGAGGAGUCCGCUGCAGCAGCUGCAGCAGUGGAGACAGUAACGGCCAUGUCUGUUCCCUCGGAGCCCAUGGAGCUGCAGCCUCUGCACCCCGACGACAAAGACGUCACGCUGUUGAUUGAACCCCAACACACACACCCGCACUCCCACUCGCACCAGCACCCAGACUUCAAAGAGGAGCUGGGCCACCAUCACUCGCACCACCCGCACCAUCACUCCAACGAGCUGGACCUGGAGACGAUGCAAGCCGUCCAGUCUCUGACGCAGGGCGAGGCCCAGGACGAGGAGACAGAAUCCCAGCCACAUCACGGGGCCUACCAAGACUGCGAGGAGACCCUGGCCGCCUGCCGGACCCUGCAGAGCUACAGCCACACAGGAGAGGCGGAGGAGGAGGCUCUGGCCUUGGUGGAGGAUUGUGGGACCUCUCAACACAGCAGCCCCCUCCCUAAUCCUCCAGUCCCCCCCCUGCCAAGUCAGUCUGUGCGCUCUGUGAACAGUCCGGGGUUAACCCCAGGCAUCAUGGAUACAACGCCAGCCAGUCAGAGGGGAGGGACACCUGGCCCCACUGGAGCAGGAGGCAGUGGUGGAGGUGCUGGAGGAGGCUACAACCAGAUCACACCAGAGCAUCCCAGUUCUCUGUCUGCCCCCUCCCAGCAGAACAUGGAAACAUCGCCGAUGAUGGAUGUGCCAUCCGUGUCGGACCACUCGCAGCAGGUAGUGGACAGCGGCUUCAGCGACCUCGGCAGCAUCGAGAGCACCACGGAGAACUACGACAACCCCAGCAGCUACGACUCCACGAUGGGUGGAGGAGGCAACGGGACCGGUAACGGUGGGAACGGCGGAGGAAUGCCCACUGCUGUAGUCGCAGGAGCUUCCACAGUUUCCUCUUCAUCAGUCUCAUCCUCGUCUAGCUCUGUGACCCCGUCCUCCACCCAGUCCAACAGCUGCUCCUUUGUCCCCGCCCCCAGCCUCACAUCUUCCACUGGAACUGCAGGAUCACAGCUCCCACUUGGCAGCUGCAGCCUAAUCCAGCAGACCGGACCAGGACCCAACAGUGGACCAGGUGCCGGUAAUGUAGGCAGUGCUGUGCCACAGCCACCUCCGCCCCCGCCCCCGUCCAACACCCCCAACUGUGGCAUCAAGUCUCCCCAGAGCUGUGGGGUGAUCGAGAGGCCUCCCAGCACCAACCAGCAGCAGCAGCAGCAAUCCCAAAAGAAGGUUCCUCAGCAGCCUCCUCAGCAGCAGCAGCAAGCCCCCAACCCUCAGCCUCCUCCGUCAGCUCCACCACCGCCCCCACAGCAGCAGCAACAGCAGGCUCUGUCUCAGUGUAGCAUGGGCAACGGCUUUGCCACCACACCUAUGAUCAUGGAGAUCCCUGAGAGCGGGGGUGGAGGAGGGGGCCGCACCUUGUACGAGCGCAUGGGUCAGGACUUUGGCACGGGCGGCUACCCGCAGCCCUCAGCCACCUUCAGCCUGGCCAAACUCCAGCAGCUCACCAACACCAUCAUGGACCCCCACGCCAUGCCCUACUCUCACUCGGCCUCCGUCACCUCCUACGCCACCAGUGUUUCUCUGUCCAACCCCGGGCUCGCCCCUUCACCACACACUCCCCUCUCUCAAGGCCAGCCCACCAUGACCCCCCCUCCUAACCUGAGCUCCGGCUCCAUGAACCUGGGCUCCCUGCAGCUACAAUGCAAUAUGCCCACCGCCAACAUCGGCCUGGGACCGCCGCCGCACACGCAGCGGCUACAGGGUCAGAUGGCGACAGUAAAGGGACACAUCUCCAUCCGCUCCAAAGCCACCCAGCAGCUGGCCCCCGCCCCGCACCAGCAGCAGCUCUACGGCCGCAGCUCAGGGGCCGUGGCCAUGCAGGGCACGCCGCGCACCCUGGCCGUGCAGCGGGGUAUGAUGCCAAACCUUAUGCCCACGCCGGCGCCGUACAACUCCAUGAACAUGCCCCUCAACGCCAUGUCGGCCGGCUACCGAAUGCCCCAGCCCAUGAUGAACAGUGGUUAUCACGGGAACCCUCCUUACAUGAACCAGCCUGCCCAGUACCCCAUGCAGAUGCAGAUGGGCAUGAUGGGAGGGCAGGGUUACCCGCAGCAGCCUAUGCAGCCCAAUCACCACAGUAACAUGAUGUACACUGGCCCCUCCCAUCACAGCUAUGCUGGUGUCCCUAAACAGUCACCGUACAUGAGCAGAUGAGCAGCAGAGAACUGAAAAAGGAGACACGACGGGGGCCAGAGCUGAAACUCGCUGUACUCUAAAUGUCCAUUACUCCUGUUCACCCUCUCCGGUGCCCGACAGGCGCACGUGAGCGGAGGUGGAGGAGUCACAGAGGGUCUUUGGCUUUCCUGUUUUUCUAUGUUGUCAUUUCGUCCCUUUUUUUUGGGCUCCCCUUCCCCCCCGGCUGGCCGUGUGCAGGAGCAGGUCAGCAGGAAUCUGGGGGGUUGGGACGUGUACGUGGACCUCAGCUGUGCCGUGCUGCUUCAGGCCAGGCUUACACAGUCCUCUGUAAUGUGGUUUCACACAAGGCCCAAGAGCCUCCUCCUCCUCGGGAAAGAGGGGAGCAGAAGAGGUGGAGGAGAAUGACGAGAGAGAUACACAGACAGAGACAAUACAGGAGAACCUCGCUUCUUCAGACUGAGAUGAAAACUGAAUAUAUUCAACCAUGCACACAAUCUUUUAUUGAUAUAGGAAGCCUUACCUUGAAAAAAAGAGACGAUGAAGCAUUGUAGGCGGACUCUUGUUUUUGUUAAAGAAAAUGUUGAAUCUUAUUUUUGUUGUCUUUGUUUUUGUUGAUUGUUUUUUGAAACUCUUGUGUGCAGUCUGACCUCUUAUAUGCUUUGGUCUUUAUAUGUGUGGCAUUCAAAAAUGGUGAUCCACCUUCUCGCUCUCUCUCAGAAACACACACACCCAAACACACGGCUUUUCACCUCGCUCCAGAAAAGCAGAGGAGUUGUCCCCUCCGGUGUUUGAGGGGGUCGAGCUGUUUCCUGAGUCCCUGUCUUCCCGGAUGGACGAUGUUGUACCAAAAACAGCAAAAACACAGACGAGACGAGCCCAUUGUUGUCUUAUUAUAUGUCCAUAAAAUGAAAAAAAGUAGCAUUAUUUUCCAUUUUGCUGCCACUCUGAAAUGUUUAGAUGUAAAUAUUCUGGUACUUCCCAAUAUCCAGCACACACACACAAACACACACACACAUGCUCUGGCUAGCUGUCGCCAUUUGGUGGCUAGCUCAGGAAAGUACAACAUUGAGUUGUUGUUGUCCACACUCCACUGACAGACGAUGUACUUUUUUUUUUUUAGCAGUUUAGGGAACACAGAACAAACAGUGGUAUUUCCAUUUAACUGCUUUAAGGAGCGUCAGUUAGCGAUGGCUGACCUCCCCUCAUAAGUGUUAGAGACCCAAAGAGGUCGAGGAGUCCGCUUCUGAGUAGUGUAUUCUGUUCAAACCUUUUUUUUUUUAAGUUGUAAUUUUCUUUUCUGCACUCCCAUUGGCUAGAAACACGGCAGGAGACGGCGAGGCUUUGUGAAAGGUGUGCCUGAAUGCCUGAUCUAGUGCGAGGUCUGGCCCUCACACGGAGGCACGCGCAUAUGAAAGCAGGGUCAGAGAUCAGUGUUGGAGCGUUGGAGAGAAACGGGUGACCUUGUUGCUCCAUGUAUUGAAAGUGAGAAGAGGAGUCUAGAUUUUCUUACAGACCUAACAUUGCAUACUUUCUUCGUGUGUAUCGUUCUGUUCUGUUCUUCUUUUUCGUUGUGUUUUCUUUCUGAAUUUUAUCAGACUGGGCAGCUUUCUUUUAUGACACAAGCUGACUCUUUUUGACUUUAGAAAACUUAUUGUAGAGAAAAUGUUUUUUCUAUAAUAUAAAAGGAAACUCUUACAUUGAUAUUGGUACUGUCAUUUUUUUCACUUCUGUUUCAGGAAAAAAAAACAAUACAUAUUUUUUUAGCUCGCCUCUUGGGUAAUAAUUACUAAGAAAUUCAAAAUUUAAAAAAAUUACCACUCACUUUUAGUGACUUUAAGAUGCCUUUAACCUCUCCAUUCCAUCUCAUCUCUAGAGUUUUUCUAUCUUUGUGUAGUAUAUUAAUGCUAUUUUAAACAAAAAGGACUACAAAUAUCUAAAGGUCACUUGGCAUUCUUUUCUUUUUUUUUUUUUUUUUUUUUACUUGUGUGUGUAUAGGAUGACUUCCUUACAUUUAAGAGGCAUGUAAAAAGGAGCUCAGUAUAUUUCUGUCUGUUUAUAUCGCUUCCCUUUUUGUAUUCUUUGUAAUUGUACAUGUUGCGUUGUAUGCUAAGAGAGAGCGCAAAAUAAAGAGAGGAGUGACAGCUGGGCACACAGUGAAGGUUGACUUGCGCUCAGCGGCCUCAACUAUCUACUCUCUCCCUGUAUGUAUUUCCAUUUAUUCUGUUAUUUUUUCUUUCUUUCUUAGCAAGUACUUUCAAAGAACUCUGUACAUUUUAACAUAAAAUGAAAAUAAAUUAUGUUGAGCCAUU